AGUCACUGCAUAUAGUUUUCAAACAUUUAUAUAUUAUACAUGUCAUCUACAUGUUAUUCUCAUGCUCUUUUUCUACAUGGACUAGUUGUUCUCUGUUUUCAUAAGUGAAGCUUAUGAAAUCCGUACCUACUUUCCAUGAGUUUAACUUUUGCAAUAAGUAAUUACUUAUCUAAGAUACUAACCCAACUAUAAUUAAUAGAAAAUGAAAACAUUUUUAUUUUAAUCUAACUACAAUCAAUAGUCAAUGAAAUUAAAGUAGAAACAUUUUUAUUUUAUCAACAGAUAAUGAAAGUUUAACUACCAUCAAGUAAAUUCUUUAAAAAACAAAUUUUGUACAUAAUCCAAUAGUACAUGAAAACAGAAUAAAAACAAAGAUUAUACCCUCACAAAAGAGACAAAUACACAACAAAGACAAAAGAGGAUAUAAAGAAUCUUAAGGUUGGCUUUAACAUUGGAUACCUUAAUGAGUCAUGACUUUGCACAUAUCCUAUAAAACCAUCUCAAUACCAUUCUCAUACACUUACACAAACUAGAAUGAUGGAUACACAAUACUUCAUUGUAACAAUCCUUCUAUGCCUUGGAAUCAUACUCUUGAUCCAAUCCAUAAACACCUAUAGAUUCCGCAAUAAACUAUCUCUUCCACCAAGUCCAACAGCUUUACCAAUCAUCGGUCACAUUCACCUUCUUGGUCCCAUAGCUCACCAAGCACUUCACAAGCUCUCAACCCACUACGGACCCUUGAUGUAUCUCUUCAUUGGCUCCAUCCCUAAUGUCAUUGUCUCAUCAACCGAGAUGGCAAAUGAAAUUCUCAAAUCCAAUGAGCUCAACUUCUUGAACCGUCCAACAAUGCAAAAUGUUGACUACCUUACUUAUGGCUCAGCUGAUUUCUUCUCAGCGCCUUAUGGGCUUCACUGGAAGUUCAUGAAGAGGAUUUGUAUGAUGGAGCUAUUCAGCAGCAGAGCAAUAGAUAGAUUUGCCAAUGUAAGAACCGAGGAGUUGAGGAAGCUUUUGGUGCGUGUUAUGAAGAAAGCAGAAAUAGAAGAGAGUGUUGAUCUCGGUGAACAGCUUAAGGAGUUGACAAGCAGCAUCAUAACGAGAAUGAUGUUCAGAGAAAGGAGAUCGGAUAGUGGGAGAAGAGAGGAAGUUAUCAAAAUGGUGGUUGAGUUGAAUGAGCUAGCAGGUUUCUUCAAUGUUUCUGAAACGUUUUGGUUCUUGAGGAGACUUGACUUGCAAGGAAUCAAGAAGAGGCUUAAGAACGCUAGAGAAAGAUAUGAUGUGAUCAUAGAGAGGAUAAUGAAAGAGCAUGAGUCUAGGAAUCACAAGGAUGCAGGAGGUGUAAGGAGCAUGCUAGACAUCUUGCUUGACAUAUAUGAAGACAAAAACUCAGAGAUAAAACUGACGAGAGAAAACAUUAAGGGCUUCAUCAUGAACAUUUAUGGAGGUGGAACAGAUACAUCUGCCAUCACAGUAGAAUGGGCUUUAUCAGAGCUAAUAAACAAUCCAGAGAUCAUGAAGAAAGCCCAACAAGAGAUAGAACAAGUGGUGGGAGACAAGAGACUAGUACAAGAAUCUGAUCUUUGCAAUCUCAGUUACAUCCAAGCAGUUGUGAAGGAGACAUUGAGGUUACAUCCUGGAGGACCAAUAUUCGUUAGAGAAUCAAAUGAAGAAUGUGCAGUGGCUGGAUACAGAAUCCCAGCAAAAACAAGAGUGAUAGUUAACGUUUGGGCUAUAGGAAGAGAUCCAAAUCAAUGGGAAGAUCCAUUGGAGUUUAAACCUGAGAGGUUUGAAGGAAGUGAAUGGAAGGUAAUGAGUGAGAAGAUGGUGUCUUUUGGAGCUGGUAGAAGAAGUUGUCCUGGAGAGAAGAUGGUGUUUAGAUUUGUUCCAUUGGUUUUAGCUGCGGUGAUUCAGUGCUUUGAGUUGAAAGUGAAGGGACGUGUGGAGAUGAGUGAAGGGAGUGGAUCAUCUCUGCCUAGAGCCACACCUUUGGUGUGUGUUCCUGUUGCUAGGGAGGGUAUAAAGUCAUUGUUCUCACUUGAACCAAAGGUCAACUUCUAGGUAAUGGUUUAAUAAGGGAACUAAGAGCAGCAAGAAACGUCAAGCUACUUGUAUAUAAAACUUUUACCCAUUUCAAGAAUAAAUUAUGGCAAAUCUCAUAAA